GUGCCACGGCCCCCGCCCGCCUCCCAACCCUCCUUUCUCCCUUGAACCACCCAAGAAGAAGAAGAAAGGGAAGAAGGAGGGCGAGGAGGAGGAGGGGCAGGGGAAGCCAGGGUCGCCGUGCCCCCCAUGUGUGGUGCCGGUGGUGCGCGAGUGCAGAGGGCGGCAUGAGGGUCAAGAGUGUGAGCUCCCCUGCUCACACGACCCUGCCUUCUCGUGCGAGCUACCCUGCGGGACCCUCCAUGCGCGCAUCCCUGCCCGGAGCCGUGCCAUCCGGGCAGCUGCCCGCCGUGCAAAAACCCUUUGAGGAAACGGUGCUACUGUGGCAUCAUGACCCAUGCGAUCGAGUGUGGCCAAUGGAGCGCUGCCACGGAGGCGGAGAGAGUCAAGAUGGUUUCCUGCACGGGGCCCUGCCACAAUCAUCCCGGCCCCUGCCCCAAGCCAACGCAGUGCCGCAAGAAGGUGGGCUGUGGGAGUGUGCACUUGUGCAUCUGUGUGUGCGCGCACUUGUGCUUGUGUGUGAGUGCCUCUGUUCGCACAUGUGUGUGGAAACGAGUCAUCCCGACCCCUGCCCCAAGCCCAUUCACUGCCGCAAGAAGGUGGGGUGUGCUUGUGUGCACUUGUGCAUCUGUGUGUGCGCGCACUUGUGCUUGUGUGUGAGUGCCUCUGUUCACACGUGUGUGGAAACGAGUCAUCCCGACCCCUGCCCCAAGCCAACGCAGUGCCGCAUGAAGCUCCCGUCCCAAGCCAACGCAAUGCCGCAAGAAGGUGGGCUGUGCGUGUCCGUGCUUGCAUUGCAUGUCACGGUGCGCUGUGCAUGCCUGCGACUCAAGAAAGAGUGGCUCUGCUCCCAAGUGCAAACCGGCACUGCCAAAGCUGCUGCCAACGGAGCCAGCAACCCCACCACUGGACCUUUGUUCUAUGCCGCCCCUCCCCUUCCAUCUCUACCCGUCACGGUGCGCUGUGCAUGCCUGCGCCUCAAGAAAGAGUGGCUGUGCUCCCAAGUGCAAUCCGCCACUGCCAAGGCCGCUGCCAACGGUGCAAGCAACCCCUCCAGCAGCAUAGACUGCAGCACCAAUGCCAGCAGCAGUGGCGGGGGCGGUGGUGGUGGGAGACUACGGGAGUCAAUGGUGGGGGUAGGGCUGAUACCAUGUGACGACGAGUGCCGGCGCAUUCAGGAGGAGGAGAGGAAGAGGCGGGAGGCGGAGGAGAAAAGAGAGGCAGAGAGGAAGGCAGCCGCAGCAGCAGAGGCUGAGAGGCUUCGACUCGAAGCAGAAGCAGCUGUGAGUGUUUAUAAUCUUGUCUUGUGUGUUUGA